GCCCGGUGGCGCGAAAAGACACACAACAGUGCCGAGUCCGACACGAGGUGUUCUGCACUGACCUUUUCUCAACGCUUUUAAAAGCUAGAUAGGAAAACAAUGGCUGUUGAAACGGUGGACGAUCAGGAAAUGAGGGAGGCGCAGAGGGAUUAUCUGGAUUUUCUUGACGAUGAUCAAGACCAGGGAAUUUAUCAGAGCAAAGUACGACAGAUGAUCAGUGAAAAUAAAUCCAGGCUCAUUGUGGACCUCAACGACCUCCGCCGCCGCAACGAAAAGCGAGCAGCCAAGCUGCUGAAUAAUGCUUUUGAAGAGCUCCUGGCGUUCCAGCGUGCUCUCAAAGAUCUGGUGGCUUCGAUAGAUGCCACUUAUGCCAAGCAACACGAAGAGUUCUUCAUCGGUCUGGAGGGCAGCUUCGGAAGCAAACACGUCUCCCCUCGAACCCUCACCUCUCGGCUGUUGGGUAGCAUGGUGUGUUUGGAGGGCAUUGUCACCAAAUGCUCUUUGGUGCGUCCCAAAGUAGUACGCAGUGUGCACUACUGUCCAGCCACUAAGAAGACCAUGGAGCGCAAAUACACUGAUAUGACCUCUCUGGAUGCCUUUCCUUCAAGUGCCAUUUACCCCACCAAGGACGAGGAGAACAAUCCACUGGAGACUGAGUUCGGUCUGUCCAUCUAUAAGGACCACCAGACCAUCACAGUGCAGGAGAUGCCGGAGAAAGCCCCUGCCGGACAGCUGCCCCGCUCUGUGGACAUCAUCCUGGACAAUGACUUGGUGGACACUGUAAAGCCAGGGGACCGUACACAAGUGAUCGGCACAUACCGCUGCCUGCCUGGCAAGAAGGGUGGGUUCACCUCGGGCACCUUCAGGACCAUCAUGAUCGCCUGCCACGCCAAACAGAUGAGCAAAGAAGUCUCUCACUACUUCUCUGCAGAUGAUGUGGCCAAGAUCAAGAGCUUCUGCAGAACCCGCUCGAAGAAUUUGUUUGAUCAGUUGGCUCGCUCCCUGGCCCCCAGUAUUCAUGGUCAUGAGUACAUAAAGAAGGCGAUCCUGUGUUUGCUUCUGGGAGGGGUGGAGAAGGUUUUGGAGAACGGCUCACGCAUUAGAGGAGACAUCAAUGUGCUUCUCAUAGGUGACCCCUCCGUGGCCAAGUCUCAGCUGCUCCGGUACGUUCUUCACACUGCUCCUCGUGCCAUUCCCACCACAGGCCGGGGCUCAUCAGGUGUAGGUCUGACCGCAGCCGUCACCACUGACCAAGAGACAGGUGAGCGACGUCUCGAGGCUGGUGCUAUGGUUUUAGGGGAUCGCGGUGUGGUCUGCAUUGAUGAGUUUGACAAAAUGUCAGAUAUGGAUCGCACUGCUAUCCAUGAGGUUAUGGAACAGGGCCGCGUCACCAUCGCCAAGGCUGGCAUCCACGCUCGACUGAACGCCCGCUGCAGCGUCCUGGCAGCUGCCAACCCCGUCUAUGGCAGAUACGAUCAGUAUAAGACGCCCAUGGAGAACAUCGGUCUGCAGGACUCUCUGCUGUCUCGUUUUGAUUUGCUCUUCAUCAUGCUGGAUCAGAUGGACCCAGAGCAGGACCGUGAGAUCUCUGACCACGUCUUGCGCAUGCACCGUUACAGAGAUCCUCAUGAGCAGGAUGGAGCAGCUCUUUCUCUUGGUGGUACAAUCGAUGCACUGGCCACUGAAGACCCUGAUGCAACUCAGGAGGAAGAAGAGGAGCUGCAAGUGUACGAGAAACACAAUCCACUCCUCCACGGCAGCAAAAAACUCAAGGACCGAGUGGUGAGUAAGGUGUUCAUGAGGAAGUACAUCCACAUUGCCAAGGCUCUUUCUCCUGUUCUGACUCAAGACGCAGCCAAUCACAUUGCAGAGGAGUAUUCACGACUGCGCAACCAGGAGCAGCUCGGCUCUGACAUUGCACGGACGUCACCGGUCACUGCGAGAACCCUGGAGACUCUGAUCCGUCUUUCUACAGCACAUGCCAAAGCUCGAAUGAGCAAAGUUGUGGAACUGGUGGACACCGAAGUCGCUGUGGAGCUUGUGCAGUUUGCCUAUUUCAAGAAGGUUUUGGAGAAGGAACGUAAACGCUCUAGAAAUGGAGAGCAAGAUGCAGCCUCAGAGGAGGAGGAGGAAGAUGAGGCACAAGACACACCUCGAACACAGAGAAAAAGGAGGCGUCAUUCUGAGCGCAGAGCAUCACAGGGCAGCGAGCAGUAUGACCCGUAUGACUUCAAUACUGAGACUGAUGUACCACAAAUUCAGUCCCCCGCUCCUGCGAGGCAGGAUGAGGAGCCAAUGGACACUCCUGAUCAGAACGGUCACACAGAGCUGUCUGACGACAGGUUGAAGGAGUUCAAAACCGCGUUGCUGGAGGUGUUCCGCUCUUCUCAUGCUCAGUCAGUUGGCAUGAUCGCUCUGAUGGAGGGCAUCAACAAGAGCCUCCCAUCACCGUUUAAAGAAACUGAGGUCCGUGCUGCUCUCAGCCGCAUGCAAGACGACAACCAGGUUAUGGUUGCAGACGACAUCAUCUUCCUUAUAUAAGUGUGUUUUUUGGAGAAUAAGAGACUUAGAAAAGUUCAAGUGAAGGUCUAUUUCAGAAGAUUUGCAAUAUAUGUAUUAGUAUUAGUACAUGCAAACACAUGCAUAUAUUUCUUAAUAUUUUUAUUCACUCAAGAUAUUUUCAUUAGAUAUUUCAUACUGUAAUUCUUUUUCCGUAUGCUUGUCACGUGCAUACAAAUGCAUGUAUUCAAAAAACAAUUCAGUUUAAUUCUUGCAAAGACAUUUUUAGUUUGUUUUUCUCUCUGUAACAUUCAUUUGUAUAUUAGCAUUCUCAGAUUUGUCUUUUCUUAGUGUUUUAUAUUUUUCUUAAGAACAGCUUGGACCAGUGUCUGCAGAAAAAAUGUAUUUUUUAUUUUCUUUUACUUUUAACUUGUAAAUACUGUUAUAUUGUUUUACAAAUGUUAAACAACUGAAAAUGUAAAAAAAAAAACUGGUGUCAGAAUAAUGUUCAGUAAUACACUUCAGAUUGUUCAGUUAGAGUUAUGGCCUAGUACUUCACACACAUUGAGCUGUGUUGCUCAAGUAGGGGACACAGGUUUCAGUCUCCCCCCUCAAUAUUUUUUUUGUGUCCUGUCAAUUCUGCCUCUGUCAAUAAAAAGGGGCCAAAAGAUUUUCUCAUUGA